AUGCUGGCCCAAUAUCCCCCCAGUCUUCAGCUUAUGACCUUGCCCAACAUCACUCAGUUUAGCCCCAUGCUCUACCUCACUGGCUUUCCUGGAUUGGAAGCCAUCGAACACUGGAUUUUUAUCCUCUUUUUCCUUAUGUACCUGGUGGCCAUCUCGGGCAAUUGUUUCAUUCUGAUAAUUGUUAAGACAAACUCUCGUCUGCACACACCUAUGUACUAUCUACUGUCCUUUCUGGCCCUCACUGACCUGGGACUCUCAAUGUCCACCUUGCCCACUACUAUGGGAAUCUUCUGGUUCAAUUCCCAUAGUAUCUACUUUGAAGCCUGUCAAAUCCAGAUGUUCUGCAUCCACUCAUUUUCCUUCAUGGAGUCCUCAGUGCUCCUUGUCAUGUCCUUUGACCGCUUUGUGGCAAUCUGCCACCCCCUGAGGUACUCUGUCAUUAUCACUGGCCAGCGAGUGGUCAGGGCAGGCCUGGUUGUCAUCCUCCGGGGACCUGUGGCCCUUGUUCCCAUUGUCCUCCUCCUGAAGGCUUUUCCUUACUGUGGGCCUCGAGUCCUCUCCCAUUCUUUUUGCCUACACCAGGAGGUGAUACACUUGGCCUGUGCAGACACCACAUUCAACAACUUGUAUGGGUUGGCUCUGGUGGUAUUCACUGUGAUGCUGGAUCUGGUGCUCAUUGCUAUGUCCUAUGGUGUCAUCCUGUACACAGUGGCAAGACUCACUUCUCAAGAGGAGCGGCUUCGAGUCUUCCAAACAUGUACUUCACACCUCUGUGCUGUGCUGGUGUUCUUUGUGCCCAUGAUGGGAUUGUCCCUGGUGCACCGCUUUGGGAAGGAUGCUCCACCUGCUGUCCACCUUCUUAUGGCCAACAUUUACCUCUUUGUGCCUCCCAUGCUUAAUCCAAUCAUAUACAGUAUUAAGACCAAGGACAUCCGCCAUGCCAUAAGCAAGCUCCUGGGUCUUAGAAAGGCAAAUGCUAAGUCCUGGGGCUAA